GCUCGAUUCAUCCAUUCCAAAAACUUCAAGUCAUCUACAUAUUUAUUUAUUUCUAUUUAGUCACAAGCUCUCAGCACGGGAUGUGCUUACCUAAAUAUAUCAUCACUUCCAUCUACGAGCAUAACCCAGUCCUUGUCAUACUCACAUCAUAGCGCAAGAUUGACGAACCGAGAUGCUGGAACUUAGACCCCAAGGAGAGAUACCGAUCCAAACACAAUUGCAUGUGCUAUCAGCGAGCGUCAUUAGUGCGAUCAACCGAGGGCGCAAUCGGAGGGCAUCACGAUGAUCAAAACAUCAAUCGCAGUUUGUUAUGUAAGCUUCUGCAGGCUAGCGUUUCCUUCUCGACGCGCUACGGUGUCUGUGCUCGAGCUUUCCUAAACAGACGCGCAAAAUCAGGGCAUGGACAGUGUCCUGCGACUGCAUUCUCUUCAGGUCCCUUCGAUGCAUCAGGUCCUCCAGGGCGUGGUCGCGUCUCAUCAUAACAUGUACUCAGAAGAAGCAGAUGCGGACCAUAUGGUAGAUGGUGGCUGUAACCGUCUAGCUUCCAUAGGCCGUUUCGCCAAAGGGCGGAUGGAUGGCAUGUUAUAAAGCACCGGUAUUGGGAAUACCUGACCGACGACGCCCAUCACCGGCAUAGUUCCUGCACUUCGCUCCGCCAGCAACGGACACAAAGCAUGUCCCUCUACUCCUCCUCCUCCUCGAGCGGCGGCAUCAUCUACACCUCCCCCGCCCCGUCGGUCCCUGUCGUGAGCACCUCAGUGUUCACGCACAUCCUCUCGCUGGACGCCAGGACCGGGGAUGUCGGUGGAUUCCCCGGCGCGAAGCCCGCGUUCAUCGAUGCGGACACCGGCACGACUGUCACGCGCGUGCAGCUGAGGCAGCUGGCGCUCGAGUUUGCCUUUGGGAUGCGCACGAGGGCCGGAGCGCGACGCGACGACGUGGUGAUGAUAUACAGCCCCAACGCGCUGGCCUGGCCAGUGGUGUUAUUUGGAUCUGUCGCUGCGGGGCUGCGCUGUACGCUGGCUAACAGCGCGUAUCUCCCGCGCGAGCUGGUGCACCAGUACACGGACAGCGGCGCGGGCCUGGUCGUGACGCACGAGGCGGGGCUGGCUGCUAUUCGCGAGAUGUUUGCGAUGCUCGGUGUUUCCAAGGCAGAGGGCGACCGACGGACAAUCUUGCUGACACAAGAUCUGACGUGGGCAGGCGGACCCUCGGCAUCUGUCUCUGAAGACGCCGCAGCGCUGGUGAAGAUGGGUGAUCUGUUGGGACUGGGAUCUUUGAUCGAGGAGGAGAAAUUCGACGGGGAAAAGCUGGCCACAGAGACUGUAUUUCUUUGUUAUAGCUCUGGGACGACGGGAAAACCCAAAGGGGUGGAGACUACGCACCAGAACGUUACAGUCUUCGCCGAUCUCCUGAGAAGUCAGCUGCCACCACUCUCAGUGGGAAAGGAAGCUGUUUUGGGUAUUCUUCCAUUGUACCACAUCUAUGGUCUCAUGCAAAUCCUGCACAUACCUUUCACCUUGGGAUGGACCACCAUUCUGCAAGGGGCAUUCGAUCCAGUCAACUUUUGUCGGAUCAUACAACAAUAUGCCAUCAGCUUCGCUUAUGUUGUGCCACCGAUGCUGGUCGUCCUGGCGCGCCACCCAGCCGUGGAUAAGUUCGACCUUUCCAGUUUGGAGUACAUGGUCUCGGCUGCGGCGCCGCUGGGUGCAGACCUCGUCAGGCUUGUCAAGCAGAGGCUACUGUCGAAGCGGGCAGCUGGUGGAACUCUUUGGAUCAGCCAGGGCUACGGUCUCACUGAAACGACAACGGCGACACAUCUCGUUCCUUUUGACGCGCGGUCGGACGCAAAAGCCGGCAGCAUUGGCCCUCUCCUGCCGAAUCUGGAGGCACGCAUCAUCUCGGAGAAUGGCGGUGGCGAUGCCCAACCUGGAGAGCGCGGCGAAUUGUGGAUCAGAGGCAAGACGAUCAUGAAGGGAUACCUGAACAACGUCAAGGCUACGGCUGAGACGACGGCUCCGGACGACUGGUUCAUGACGGGAGACAUUGCCUACCGGGACGAAGACGGAUUCUACUAUAUCGUUGACAGGAAGAAGGAGCUGAUCAAGUACAAGGGCUUUCAAGGUCUGUGUCCGUCAUGGGCUUUCGGUCUCGAAGCUUAUCCGAAGUUGCGGCCAGUUCCUCCAGCAGAGCUCGAAAGCGUGCUUUUGACACAUCCUGACAUCGCAGACGUCGCUGUUAUCGGUAUCGAAGAUUUGAAGGAGGCGACAGAGCUUCCUCGGGCAUAUGUCGUUCACGCUAGUCCCGAUUCUCUCCAAUCAGAUGCCGAGAAGGUAGAGUAUGCUCAAAACAUUGUCAAAUGGAUGCAGACCAAAGUCGCGAAACACAAGUUCCUGCGCGGAGGGGUGCGAGUGAUCGACAUCAUACCAAAGAGUGCGGCCGCCCCCGGAAAGCCGGAUGUUUUCCGAGACAUCACUCAGAAACCUCCUCCUUAUAACGGCUGGGGGUCUCUCUGUCCUCGCUCCGGCAUCCCCCCUCCACCACCUUCGGUCACUGCACGCUCACGAGUAGAAUCCAUGGCGCCGCCUCGCAUCUAUGAAUCGGGCUACUCCCCCGUCCCCAUCGUCAACACCUCGAUCUACACGCACCUCCUGGGAUCCCGCACGGCCUCAGGAGACGACGUCGGGGGGUAUCCGGGAUCCUUCAAAGCCUUCAUCGACGCCCCGACAGGAACGACGCUGACGCGAGGUGGUCUGAAGGAUCUCACGCUACGGCUCGCGUACGGGCUCAAACAUGUGUGCGGGGCGAAGAGGGGAGAUACGCUGCUGAUCUUUUCUCCGAACUCGUUGGCGUGGCCUGUCGUCCUAUACGGAGGCGUCGCGGCCGGCCUACGAUGCACGCUCGCGAAUAGCGGGUACACGCACCACGAGCUCGAGCACCAGUACAAGGACAGCCGAGCGAAGAUCGUCGUCUGCUCAGAGGAGACUGUGCCCGUCGCUCGAGAGAUGUUCUCGCUGCUGGGGCUCUCCGAGGCGGAGGCGGACACGAGGAUCGUGGUCAUGCCGCAACAGGACCUUAGCUGGGCAGGGGGGCCACAGGCACCCAAGCCCGCGAACUUGAAGAACCUGGUCUGGAUGCAGGAUCUCUUGGCGAAGGGCAAGCUGGCAAAGGAGGAAAAGUUCGACGGGCUUGGGGACGAGACGGUGUAUCUCUGCUACAGUUCAGGGACUACGGGGAAGCCCAAGGGUGUCGAGACCACGCACCAGAACAUGACUUCCGUGGUCGACAUGACCAAAGGGUUCUUCCCUCUCCCUCCAGACGGCCAGACGCCUAUGAUCGCGAUCCUUCCGUUCUAUCAUAUCUUCGGGGCGUCGAAUAUCCUGAACGGCUCGUUGUCCUGUGCAACUCCGGUCGUCGUGAUGCAGCGCUUCGACCCGGAACUGUUCUGCGCCAACAUUGAACGAUACAGAGUCAUGUACUCGUUCGUUGUGCCCCCUGUUCUAGUCACGCUCGCGAGACACGAAGCUGUGGAUAGGUACGAUCUGAGUUCCUUGGAGUAUAUGCUGUCUGGUGCAGCUCCGCUCGGUGGCGAACUCGUUUCGAUGGUGGGCUCGAAAAACUGCCCUGUGUGCAUGAUCACUGAAAUCCGACAGGUCCGAAAGCGACUACUUGGGAAACGAAAGGCCGGAUCGAUAUUAUGGAUUACUCAGGGUUACGGUCUGACUGAGACGUCGCCCUCGACUCAUACGCUGGAGUACCAAGACUCCCUGCGCAAGAUCGGCAGCUGCGGCACUCUCCUCCCGAACUUGCAGGCUCGGCUGGUCGAAGAUGAGGAUGGAUUGGUCGACGCUGAAGAAGGCCAGCCAGGCGAGCUGUGGCUGAGAGGGAAGACCAUCAUGAAAGGAUACCUGAACAACGUGGCUUCGACUAAGCACUCCAUCACCCCCGACAAAUGGUUCAAGACCGGCGAUGUCGCUGUCCGGGACAAUGAGGGGUUCUUCUACAUCGUCGAUCGUAGAAAGGAGUUGAUCAAGUAUAAGGGCUUCCAAGUCCCGCCCGCCGAGCUUGAAGCCAUUCUGCUCUCGCACCCAGGUGUAGCCGAUGCGGCUGUGAUCGGCGUGGACGAUCCUGUCGAGGCCACAGAGCUCCCGCGGGCUUACGUUGUCCCCGCCGACCCCGCCAAAGUUUCAUCCAAGGCCGAGAAAGCUGCUUUCGAGGCAGCAGUAGCCCAAUGGAUCCAGACGAAAGUCGCGAAGCAUAAGUAUCUGAGAGGAGGGGUUGCUGUUAUCGAUCUCAUCCCAAAGAGUCCGGCUGGGAAGAUCCUCCGCCGGCAGCUUCGCGAGCUGGCGAAAGAGGAAGUCAAACGCGGCGAGAUCAAGUUCGCGACCAAGGCCAAGCUAUAAGGCCUGGUAUUGGGUGUUUAUAUCGUGCCCGGUGUAAAUUAUACUUGCCCUAUCUUAUCUACUCCCUGUAACUAUGCUAUCAUCAACGUACAAAGCUCAACCUUGAUCAAUCAAUCGAGCUGUGGCAUUUGGGUCGCGAGCGAGCAUGUGACCGCGUAGAAGAACAUAUCGCCACCACUUAGUCUGGGAACAUAGUGGAGUCAUGGAAGCAUGGAAGCUCCAUGGCAGUAGACAUCGAAGGACUUCAUGAUGGGAAAGGUCACAAAGACGCACAUGUAGCUUUCCAAGGUUCCGGAAUAUGCGACGACAUCAAACAGGCUCGAGGAUCAAGCACUGCGUUUCAGUCCAACGACUAGGCCGCACUGGACUCGUAGGCGAGGCGCGUCCGGCAGAAACUCAUUGCUGCGCGAGCAUGGAUCGGUGGG